AUGCGUUCGCAGGUUUUCCGUGCUGGCCAAACUGCCAAUAGCAGAACUCGCCUCCUGCCCUCUCUCCGCCAAACAUCGCUACAAACUCGAAGAUGUCUAGCCACGUCCCACAACCCGCCCACUGCCCGCAAUGUCGACAUCGCAUCGCGUACCCCGCCAUACGCCAAACUACUGUCCCGCCUUGAGGAAGUACGGCGCGUGCUAGGCUCCUCACGACAAUUGACCUUGGCCGAGAAGAUUCUCUAUUCACAUCUUGAGAGCCCCGAGGAGUCGCUGCUGAGCAAUACGAAUGGCGGGCGCGAUGUGAGGGGUCAGGCGAAUCUGAAGUUGAAGCCAGAUCGCGUUGCUAUGCAGGACGCCAGUGCGCAAAUGGCGCUGUUGCAGUUCAUGAGUUGCGGAUUACCUAGUACCGCGGUACCUGCAAGCAUACACUGUGACCAUUUGAUUGUGGGCGAAAAGGGCGCAGAUACAGACCUCCCACAAUCGAUAACGGGCAACAAGGAGAUCUUCGAUUUCCUAGAAUCUGCCGCGAAGAAAUAUGGCAUUGAGUUCUGGCCUCCGGGUGCUGGCAUCAUCCAUCAGUCGGUUCUGGAAAACUACAGUGCUCCCGGACUCAUGAUGUUGGGCACAGACAGUCACUCGCCAAACGCCGGAGGUCUUGGAGCGAUUGUCAUUGGUGUCGGAGGCGCUGAUGCGGUGGAUGCUCUUGUAGAUGCGCCAUGGGAGCUAAAGGCACCGAAGAUUCUGGGUGUCAAACUCACUGGCGAGCUGAGCGGAUGGGCAUCUCCAAAGGACGUAAUUCUCAAGCUGGCUGGUCAUCUCACAGUUCGGGGAGGUACUGGUUUCAUCAUCGAAUACUUUGGACCUGGUGUACAGACUUUGAGCUGUACGGGCAUGGCAACCAUCUGCAACAUGGGUGCUGAAGUCGGCGCAACUACCUCGCUCUUCCCCUUUUCUCCCGCACACAUCCCCUAUCUCCAGGCGACACAUCGUGGACCGAUUGCUGAAGCAGCUGCCAAGAUCGCCCAGUCACCAAUGCAACAGAACCUACUGCGUCCCGACCCAGAAGCUGUUUACGACAAGGUCAUUGAGAUUAACCUCUCUGAACUUGAACCUCACAUCAACGGACCUUUCACCCCUGAUCUAUCAACCCCUCUCUCCAAGUUCAAGUCAGUAGUUGAAGAGAAUGGAUGGCCAAAGACUUUUGGCGCAGGUCUCAUCGGCAGCUGCACAAACAGCUCCUACCAGGAUAUGACUCGCUCCGAGGAGAUUGUAAAGCAGGCCUCUGCCGCGGGUCUCAAGCCAAGGGCAGACUUUUUCAUUACACCGGGAAGCGAACAGAUCCGAGCAACACUAGAAAGGGAUGAUACUCUGUCAACCUUUACCGAGGCUGGAGGCACUGUUUUGGCAAAUGCCUGCGGCAUACCGACACCAUCCGGUGAAUCGUUCAAGUUUGCGCCACCAAAGGGCUCCGACCUCCCAUCUGCAGGUUUCGCGGACGGUAACCCAGACUUUAUGCCUACGCCAGGCGUACCCGACCCUAGCGUAGAAGUUGUUGUCGCUCCUACAUCGAGCCGUCUGGCGCUUCUCGACCCGUUCCCAGCGUUCCCCGACUCCGACUUUACAGGUCUACGAGUACUUUACAAGGUAAAGGGACAAUGCACGACAGACACCAUCUCUGCCGCCGGUCCAUGGCUCAAGUACAAGGGUCAUCUACCCAACAUCUCCGAGAACACAUUGAUCGGCGCUGUCAAUGCACAAACUGAUGAAGUCAACGUUGCGUAUGACAUCGACGGCAAGACAUCGAGCAUUCCUGAACUAGCAAAGAGAUGGCGCGACCAAGGCGUCGAAUGGCUCGUCGUAGCAGAGCACAACUACGGUGAAGGCUCAGCCCGCGAGCACGCCGCUCUGCAACCGCGUUACCUCGGCGGUCGCAUCAUCCUCGCAAAGUCAUUCGCACGCAUCCACGAGACCAACUUGAAGAAGCAGGGUAUCGUUCCUCUCACCUUUGCCAACGAAGCCGACUACGAUCUCUUCGCAGCCUGUGAUGAGGUCGCCACAAGGGGCCUGUUAGAUGUCCUCAGGAGCGGCGGCAAAGGCGAGGUUGAACUCGUGCUCAAGAAGAAGGAUGGUAGCGAAAAAUUCAUCAAGACCAAGCACACACUGUCGCAUGAUCAGUGUGGAUUCGUACUUGCCGGUAGCGCGCUUAACCUGUUGGCGAGAAAGGGGAGGGAGAUGAAGGAGGAGGUUACGCGGAGUGCGGAGUUGACUGACUAG